CCCCACAACCAAAAGAAAUGAAUCCUCCGCCGUCGGCCGGUGGCGCCACCGCCGGAUUCCCCACCUUACACCCUGAAAUCAUCGAUUCGCACAUUCUCGGCCGUUUAGACGGGCCAGCCCUGGCCUCCGUCGCCUGCUGCUCCGUCGCUCUCCGCCGUCACUCCUCCGACCAAAGCCUAUGGCUGAGCAUAUGCCACUCAACUUGGCCGGCCACCGCCUCCCCGCGCCUCUCCCAACUCAUCUCCACCUUCCCCGGCGGCGGCCCGCGCGCUUUCUUCUCUCACGCCUUCCCCCUCUUCUCCAAACUCCCCCUCACCCACCCUCCCUCAUCCCCGCCGGAGAUACUCUCCGCCGUCGACAUACACUACGACGGAAAACUAAUCUUCACCAAACUCCACUCCACCGACACCAGCAGCGACUGGUUCCGCUGCUCCCCGUUCCGUGCCGACCUUAUAGAGCUCAAGGAAGCGGCCCCCGCCGCCGUCAAGAGCUCCGCCGGAGUCGGAAACGGCGGCAUGCAUGAAGGUUUAAUGACGCUGAGCUGGAUCGUGGUCGAUCCGGUGGGGCGGCGGGCGGCGAAUCUGUCGUCGCACGAGCCAGUUUCCGUGCGGCGGCACUGGCUGACGGGGGAGUUGGAGGUGCGGUUUGGCUCGGUCUUCAGCGGCAGAGAUGGAGGUCACGUGAUGUGCGGGAUAGUUGUCACGUGCGGCGGCGAGAUGGAGGUGAGGGAAGUGAGGAUGGAGAUGGAGGAUAUGGAUGGGAAGCAUUUGAAUGGGGAGGAGAGUUUGGUCAUUUUGCAAGGGGCGUUGGAGGCCGAAAAGGGCACCGGGAAGAACAGGGCGGCCGAGGCGCGGCGGAGGUACGAAGAGUUUGAGGAGAUGAAGAGUGAGAGAAGGGAGAGAGAGGUGAGAAGGGAGGGAGAUUGGGAUAUUUUGUGUUUAGCUAUUGUAGUAUCCAUUUAUUUCUAUUUUUGGUUUUAUAUUUUGUGAUUUAGUGUUGUUCAUAGAGUAAAUGGUCUGGACAUAUUGAUAUGAAUAUGUUGCAAACAAAUGUGGUAUA